UCAUGCUCCUGGCCUCGGCCGUGGUGGUCUGGGAAUGGCUGAACGAGCACGGCCGCUGGCGGCCCUACAGCCCGGCCGUGAGCCACCACAUCGAGGCGGUGGUGCGCGCCGGCCCCCGCGCCGGGGGCAGCGUGGUGCUGGGCCAGGUGGACGGCCGUCUGGCGCCCUACAUCAUCGACCUGCAGUCCAUGAACCAGUUCCGCCAAGACACGGGAACCCUCCGACCAGUUCGCCGCAACUACUACGACCCGUCCUCGGCCCCUGGGAAGGGCGUGGUGUGGGAGUGGGAGAACGACAAUGGCUCUUGGACGCCUUACGACAUGGAAGUGAGCAUCACCAUCCAGCACGCCUAUGAGAAGCAGCACCCCUGGAUCGACCUCACCUCCAUUGGCUUCAGCUACGUUAUUGACUUCAACACCAUGGGCCAGAUCAACCGGCAGACCCAGCGCCAGCGCCGUGUGCGGCGGCGUCUCGACCUCAUCUACCCCAUGGUCACUGGCACCUUGCCCAAGGCCCAGUCCUGGCCAGCCAGCCCCGGGUCAGCCGCCUCACCCCCCGCCCCACCUUGCUCCUGCCCACAGUGCAUCCUGGUGAUGAGUGUGAAGGCGGCCGUGGUCAACGGGAGCACUGGGCCCCUGCAGCCCCCAGCAGCCCGCAAGAACAUGGCCCUGUCUGGAGCACUCAAGCUGCCCCCACCACCGGGUCCUGGGGCCAAACCACUGGAUGGCACAGGAACCAUGCGGGGCCCCGUGAAAACUAUCCCAUCCCAGGCGGGCCGGCGGCCAGCCUCCAGCACACUGGCGGGGGCGACGGCAGGCUCUCCUGCCAGCCCCCCAGGAGCCAAUGGCAAGACCGGAAGGGUGGCCCUGGCGACCUUGAAUCGCACCAACCUGCAGCGGCUGGCCAUCGCCCAGUCCCGGGUCCUGAUCGCCUCUGGGGUCCCCACCGUCCCAGUGAAGAACUUGAACGGGUCCAGUCCUGUCAACCCUGCGUUGGCAGGAAUCACUGGGAUCCUCAUGAGUGCAGCGGGGCUGCCUGUGUGUCUCACCAGGCCACCAAAGCUGGUCCUGCACCCACCCCCCGUCAGCAAGAGUGAAAUAAAAUCCAUCCCAGGGGUUUCCAACACAAGCCGCAAGACCACCAAAAAACAAGCCAAGAAAGGUAAAACCCCAGAGGAAGUGCUGAAGAAGUAUCUGCAGAAGGUCCGGCACCCACCAGACGAGGACUGCACCAUCUGUAUGGAGCGCCUCACGGCCCCCUCAGGCUACAAGGGCCCGCAGCCGACGGUCAAGCCUGACCUGGUGGGAAAGCUGUCCAGAUGCGGCCACAUCUACCACAUCUACUGCCUGGUCGCCAUGUACAACAAUGGGAACAAGGAUGGGAGUUUGCAGUGUCCAACCUGUAAGACCAUUUACGGGGUGAAGACAGGCACGCAGCCUCCAGGGAAGAUGGAGUACCACCUCAUCCCCCACUCACUGCCGGGCCACCCGGACUGUAAAACCAUCCGUAUCAUCUACAGUAUCCCCCCCGGCAUUCAGGGACCAGAACACCCGAACCCUGGGAAGAGUUUCAGUGCCCGUGGCUUCCCACGACACUGUUACCUUCCAGACAGCGAGAAAGGAAGAAAAGUUCUGAAGCUGCUGCUGGUGGCCUGGGACCGCCGCCUCAUCUUUGCCAUUGGUACCUCCAGCACCACGGGCGAGUCAGACACAGUCAUCUGGAACGAGGUCCACCACAAGACAGAGUUUGGCUCUAAUCUCACUGGCCAUGGCUACCCAGAUGCAAAUUACCUGGAUAAUGUCUUGUCAGAACUGGCUGCCCAGGGCAUCUCUGAAGACAGUGCUGCCCAGGAGAAGGACUGAGGCUGGAGGGACGUUGGGGUGGGAUGGAUCUCUGGGGGCCACAGGGCAGGAAGUGGAGUGAGUCAAGGUAGAAGUUGGUGCCAUGCCCUCCGACUCCCUCAUCGCCCCCCCUCCUGUCCUGUCUCCAUCCCUCCUGUCCCUCCCAGCCACAGAGGGGAGCCAGACUGAAUAAGGCGACAUCAUUCAUAAACCUCAUCCAACACAAGGGGACGUGGGAUGAGGACCAUCCGCGAUCUGUUCCCAUGGAGUUUUCGGUGCUGGGUAGGCAAGAACCCCCCUCACCCCCAAGUCAGGGGCUUGGUCAGCACACUUGGGUUAUGGGUGGUGCGUGGGCACUCCGUACCCUGGCCUUGUGAAGCCUGAGGUUCACGGCCUCUGCUGGCUUCUUGCUGCUCCGCUCUGCUUCAAGAGCGGAGUUUCCGCUUCUCUCUCCUCCCCUGGAGGCAGGGAGCUCUUACUGUGCAAGGUUGGGAGGGGGGGCAGAGGGAGGAACCGCCAGACUGCUGUGACAUCAGAAAUCGGAUGCCUCAGAGUAUGGCGAGGAAGCACUUCUUGCCAGGAGGGUCUGGGAGGCCAAGGUCUCAAGGAGCACAUUUUGCUCUCCUCCUAGUCCUUGGCUUUGCUGGCCCCUCCCCUCCUCCUCACACCUUUGACCUGUCCAAAGAGGAGUCUGGGCCUGUUACUUGGAUGGACGGACUCUGGGAUUCCUCUUGGGGGCGGCAUCCUACGAUGCCAAUUUCAGCCCCUCUCUGAUCAGACCAGAGCCCGCAUCCUACUGAGCAUCUGAACUGUCCUCAGGGAGAGGAGCCCAGAGCCUUCUUCCAACUCAUCCCAGACCAGCUCAAAGAUUCCAUGAAUUUCAUCAAGUCACUGUGAAUAGAGCCAACACUAGGCUCUGUGCCACCUGUGUACGUGUGUGUGUGUGUGUGUGUGUGUGUGCAUGUGCGCACCGUUUGGUGAGGUUGGCGGAGAGUCCUGUGCUCCUGCACUCCUAACAUUGCAAGAUGUCAAACCCCGGUCUGAUGGGGAUCAAACAGCCACGCUGUGGUCCCUUGACUUUCCUUACCCUUUGCCAGCCCAUCUCAGAGUGGACCUGGAUCCUGAAGGAGAAGCACUGUGCUUGGGGAGAUGUGAAGGUGAGGGCUGUGCUGACCCCUUAUUCUAUCUCUUUCAAGACUGGAUCAGAGCCCGCCUCCAUCAGUCUUGUUUGUAUGAGGGCUUCAGUCUGUCUCCAUAUAAACU